AUGAAGAGUUUCUUUCAACGACAUUCAGAAAGCCGUCCUGGCCCAUCAAAACCAUCAUCCAAGUCAAGGCACAAACCAUGGGCAUCGGUUGACUCCGUCCAAGUUACACCUCCAAUCGCAAGCGCUCCGCCAGAGAAGCAACGGAAUAGCGAAGACAGACCUUAUGCGCCAAGCCGUCCGACCGCACAGAACGGGAUCGCGCCAGGAGUCCCGGCCAGCGCAAUACAUGGCCAGACUCAUGUGAGGAGCCAGCCAACUCAGCCGCAGGACGUGCCAGUUCGUGCGACGCAGCCUGUGAACAGCUCACCUGAUGACCGUGACGCAAGAGGCCGAAGAUCUACUAAGCCGCCAACUCCGUUGUCCUCAUCCGAACAUGUAUCUGGCAUCGACGAACCUAAAACCGCCCGUCCUUCUCGGCAACGCGGCGGUCAAGAACCAGGUCCUCCUGCUACAGCUCCCGCGCCUGAGAUUUGGAUCCCCCCUUCCACCACGACACAACCAACCAAUCACGUUCCAUCGCGGCCCUCGCAAGACAGAGAGAGGAUGCUGCCACAUCGCGAAGAAGGCAGACGAGAUCGAGAACAUGGUGAGCGGGAGAGGGACCGUGCGAGGGAGAGAGAGAAGGAGAGGAAACGCGAGAAGGAGAACAAGAGGGAUGAGGAGUAUAGGGCGAGGGACGUGAACGGCGCGGAGAAGGAUUACACAAGGAGUCGAGAUGCAGAGCGGCACAGAGAGAGGGAACGGAGAAGGGAGUAUCCUAGCAGUGGGACGAAGGACAGGGACAGGGACAGAACGCGAGACCGUGCUGGGGAGAGCGGAAGGGGUAGGGAAGGCGAUCGGACAAGGGAGAGGUACGAAUAUGAACGGGCGGAGAGGGAACGUAUGAGGGCGGAGGAAGAGCGGUACGCCAGGACGCGCGAGCAGGCGGAGAGGGACAAAAUGAAGGAAGCGUCUCGGACGGCGGAACCUCCUCAGAGCAGAAGCCGAUCUAAGAGUCGUCACCCAACCAGGGAAUUCUUGGAAGAAGGCGAUAGCUCUGAUAGUUCAAGACGCAAACCCCAAGUCUCAUACCGAUAUCGUGGGAGGGGAUUCGAGGAUGUCCUUCCCUCCAGCCGUAAAGUGCGUGAACCUCCGUCUCUUAUCCCGGCGGCAGUGGGCAGCACUUCCGCCUCAAAGCACGCGCUUUCAAAUUCAAUGAAGGUCCAUCUACCAGCUGACCCCAGGUCUCGGGGUGGUAGGUUGGAUGCAGGUGCUGAUAAUGUUCCUCCCUCUGGCAGCGAGAACGAGCGAGAACGCACUAGGAAAUCAAGCCGUCCUCAUGACACAGCCGCAAACCAUGACACACGACCCGGGCAUGGCGAGCACAGGAGUAACACUGGAUGGCACAGCGACGAACAGAGGGAAAGGAGCCACCGUCCUGAUGAUCGUUACAGAGAGCCACGCCCCACGGAGUCUUCCUCUCAUAGACCGCCCGAGAUACCUGGCGACAGAACACGGAAGGGGAGCAACGCAUCGCAGACCGCGCGAUAUUCUCCUCAGACCGUUAGCAAAGCUGAUGGGAGUCCAGGCACCCACGGGGAUGUACUCAAGCCAGAGCACUCUUCUAGCAGGUCCAAUUAUCCGCCUCAAACAACUACCAAAGCGCCUUCUCGGACGCCGUCCAUGGUCAAGAUAAGCGAAUAUGCUGCGGGGACAAUACCAGUUGGUCGUGUUCCUUCUCACACUAGCGAUCCAUCUCGCUCUCAUCCACCGUCUCCCGCCAACAACCCCGCUUCUUCUGGGCCAUUGCCUGUUUCCCAUACAGAAUCAUCGAAACCAGAGGCGGCCAAAGGAAGUCACAGCCCUUCUUAUCAGAUAUGGCAUCCACCGACGCCCAUUACUCAACACUCCACACCACAAGGAGGCCUUCAGCCUCUGAACGGAGCUAGUGAAGGACAGAAGCCGCCUUCAGCAACCCGUCUGGCCCCAUCUCCAGCGGUCGUCCCAAACAUUGCUAAUGAGUCCCCCAAUAACGGCCAGUACGGGCAGUUUCUUCAUCCUUCGAGUGCCGCCAUGCGACCUCGUACCAUCUCGACAGAUUCAACCAGGAAUAAGCCCAAGGAUGUCCCCCCACCUACCACUACCAGAUCUCCAAAGGAUCUCCCCGUCCAGCCUAAGGAAUCCCCCACCUCUGCGGCAAAGCCUUCCCCGGCAGAGAUAGGGAAUAGCGGAGAUUCUCCUCAACAACCUCUGCCAAUUCUGCUACGAGUUCAAAUGAAGCCCGAUUCCUCGCCUGAGACCAUCGUCCAAUCCUCAUCAGUCGAUAAGAAAGGUAGCUCAACGGAAAGUGUUCAUAUUGGCGCUGCUGUGCCACACACGUCCACAUCGAAGGAUUCACGAAAUACUCAUGCAGCCCCACCCCAAUCAUCGUCACAUACGGCGCCGAACGCAUAUCCCAGCAGUCGCCCCAGCGGAACUCGCACAGUUACCUUCGCCCAACCUCAUGAGCCGACUUCCUCGCAAAGGCACAAGGACACUCCGACGUAUCCUAUGUCUACGCAACACAGUGCAGGUAAGGACGCCCAGAUCAGCGAAUUCGGGGAGCGUCAAGCACCUGUGUACGACAACAGGACGUAUACUCAGCCACCACCAGCCGAAGCCAGGCCCCCUCCACUCUCGCAUUCGCAACAAGCUGCGUCUACUACAGCUCGCCACAGAACAAGCAUGCAUCCGGUAGCGGCCACACAACACCUGCCUACUGCACCGUCGCUCACUCUUCCGCCCGCCGACUCUGGGUAUGACUCAACGUCUCGCAGCCGCCAUCGUCAUGAGCAUCGUCCGCCCCCGUCUACGCAGAACCGAUACACCACUACCACGACCCCCCGAAAUCCAGCACCUCCGGUGGUUGCUCCACACGUGGCCCCACCAACGGCUCCUCCCGCUGCCACUGAACAUCGUAACUUGCUGUCGGACCCGACUACGCCUUAUGGUGCAUCAAGGCCAGCGGAUCGUAGUACUUCUCGUGAUGACUUCCCUCAUCCCACAACAGAGGCACCGCCACGGGACAGUCGUUCAGCACAACCAGCGGAUCCUCGUCAAGGUCAAACUACGCCAGUUGCUCGAAUACAAAACCAACGUUUGGCUGAGCUGUUAUCUUCUCCUGUGCCCGCCUCGACGGAUAAGAUUAUCAAUGCGCCUCACGGGUAUGUUCAACCCACAUUGGCUCCGGAAACGAGGCAAGAAGCCACUCGAGCAGCAGGCAUGCCUCCCCCACGAGCACCUUAUCCCCAGGAAUUCAGGUCGGGCCGGGAGGAUCAUACUUCACAUACAGUUUCAGCGCAAAGUGAUCAUCUGCGACGGCGCACUAGUGCACAACGGCUCCCCUCUGCCAACUCCGCUCCCGCGUUCCCUGUACCAAUCGUUGGAGGGAGUGCUCCCCAGCAACCUACUCCGGGUGACUCUGCACAUCCCACUUCACAAUCGCAUAGGAAUCCCCCUGCCUAUCCAUCGAAAUUCCAAUCGCAAUGGUCAAACUCGAGUGCGAUGGCUACUGAUGGCUCUCAGAACACGGUAACGAAAUCUCGUGCUUCACCUCCUCAGCGGGACCCCUCAAAUCCCCAGGGGAAUCAUGACCCUCGAGUAGCACCCUCCCAGAAACCUGUUCCUCCCGCAUCUUCGACAACAGCGUAUCCACAAGUAUCUUCGGCCGCUCGUUACGCUAAUACGAAGCCUCGGGAUGCGUACGUUGAGAAUACGGUUGGAUCGCAACAGCCGCGUUACGCAGAAGGUUCUAAUAGUACGCAGAAGGUGAACAUCGUCGCAGCGUCUCACGCAGGGGAGAUCAUCAAUCCCGCUUUGCAGCAAUAUGCAACCAACCCGAGCACUGCACCUUCUGGAUCUGUUGCAAACCAGCCAUCCCGAUCCCACCGUGCUGUGGAGCAACCCGGCUAUCCAACUGCCUACACGAGCAACAACGGUGCAGCACAUCAUCGUUCCCGUUCCUCGGUGGUCUAUAACAACGUUCCACCCACGUUGGUUCGUCCUCAGCAUCACCAUUCCUCCUCUAUGCCCGUAUCUGUACAUCCUGAUGACCAUGCAACCAUGCCACCAAUGACCCGUGCUUACAAUUCUUAUCUACAUCCAACUACACAACCAACCUCAACAUCCCAGGUGUCUGCAUCGCAGAGUACUCAGCAUGCGACGGCCCAACAGACAGCAAUUCCAUCUGGGGUGAACCAUGGCUCGCAUGCAAAUGGCAAUGUGGCCACCAACGGCACUGCCAGGCCUUUAGCUCGGAAGCCCUCAGAAGAAUCUGUGCUUCAAACGCCUUCCUCUCUCGCUCAAUCUGUUCCAGUAUCUCGGUCCAAUUCACAAGCGUCCCAGCAGGAGCGAACAAGGAAGACUAGUCUACUUGGAAUGUUUAGGCGAGGUCCGAAAGCUUCCCAGCAGCAAGCCAACGAACCUGCGAACGCAACUGUCCCCCCAGAAGCAUUACCACCCACUGAUCGCGAACGAUCCAGGGUGCCCCCAACUCAGCCUAUCCAGCCUCCUCCACCCAAGCCUUCUGCAUAUGACCGUCCCAACCACACCGUCCCUCCGCCUAAUGUCCCUAAGGUCAGAAUAACCCCGCAACCAGGGCAUUCAAGCAAACCACAUGGACAUGCACCGCCUCCUAAAUUAUUCAAUCCAUUUUCAUAUUUGACGUCGAAACGCUACCGGACAGUGUCGGCAGCUUCACUGGAAGCUGUUGACGGUACUGCCACUAACACCGCCGUCGCUUCUCCCACCGUAUCUAUGCAUAGUCAAGCCCCUCCCCCUCCACCGCAAAGGGAUGUAUACGUUGCCACGCAGAUGUGGGCUCAAUCAGACUACAGGGGACGUCCAGGCGUCGUUUUCGACGUUGCCGAAGAAUCUCGCAUUGACUCCGCGCCGAAGAAACCGCUUACUCGCCGCGGAACGGGGCGCAGGCCAUCGCGAGAAGAGAGGGCCCAAGAGAGAGCCCAAGAAUAUUCUACCCAGACUGCUCAAGCCGAGUCCUAA